UCUCCGCCCCCUGUGUAGGUGGAGAGCAUCUGGAGCAGCCUUUAAAUUCUGGGAGAUCCUGGUUGUCAGCAGCAGGGAGAGCAGGCCAGGAGGGCAGCACUGAGCCCUGCAUCAGCAUCACAGGGCACUGGACUCUUCUCGCCGCCGCAGACCAAGGAAAAAUCAUUACCAUGAGAAUUGCAGUGAUUUGCUUCUGCCUCUUGGGCAUUGCCUCCGCCCUUCCAGUUAAACCGACCAGUUCUGGCAGCUCUGAGGAAAAGCAGCUUAACAACAAAUACCCAGAUGCUGUAGCCACAUGGCUAAAGCCUGACCCAUCUCAGAAGCAGACUUUCCUAGCACCACAGAAUUCUGUGUCCUCUGAGGAAACUGAUGACAACAAACAAAAUACCCUCCCAAGUAAGUCCAAUGAAAGCCCUGAGCAAACAGACGAUCUAGAUGACGACGAUGAUGAUAACAGCCAGGACGUCAACUCUAAUGACUCCGACGACGCUGAUACCACUGACGACCCUGACCAUUCCGAUGAGUCUCACCAUUCUGAUGAAUCUGAUGAAGCUGAUUUUCCCACUGACAUUCCAACAAUCGCAGUUUUCACUCCAUUUAUCCCUACGGAAAGCACAAAUGAUGGCCGAGGUGAUAGUGUGGCUUACGGACUGAAGUCAAGAUCUAAGAAGUUCCGCCGAUCUAACGUUCAGAGUCCAGAUGCCACAGAGGAGGAUUUCACAUCACACAUAGAGAGUGAGGAGAUGCAUGACGCACCUAAGAAGACGAGUCAGCUGACUGACCACAGCAAGGAAACCAACAGUAGAGAGCUUUCCAAAGAACUCACGCCAAAGGCCAAGGAUAAGAACAACAAGCAUUCCAAUCUGAUUGAGAGUCAGGAAAAUUCCAAGCUCAGCCAAGAAUUCCAUAGCCUUGAAGACAAGCUAGACCUAGAUCAUAAGAGUGAAGAAGACAAACACCUGAAAAUUCGCAUUUCUCAUGAAUUAGAUAGUCCCUCUUCUGAGGUCAAUUGAAAGGAGAAAAUACAAUUUCUUACUUUGCUUUUAGUAAAAAGAAAAGGAUACGUUAAAGCAGGGUGGGAGACAAUAUGAAAUGCAUAUUUCUCAGCUUAGUUGGUGAAUGUAUAUGUGUGUAGAUCUGGAAACAGAUCAUGUUUUUGAUCAUUAGUUUAAUGUGUGGCUUCAUGGUAACACCCUUAUAAACUAAAAGCUUCUGGGUUUAGUCUAUGUUCUUUCCACUUACAAAAUGCAAACCAUCACAGCAUUUUAAUGUUUGCUACCCUUUUAGGAAUAGAAAUUCAUGUAGAAGCAAACAAAAUACUGUUACACACUUUUAAGAAAGAAUAUAAAAUUUCAUGUCACUAUGAUCUUUUGUUUUUUAAAUUAGUAUAUAUUUUGUUGUGAUUAUUUUUUUCUGUUGUGAAUAAAUCUUUUAUCUUGAA